UUGGUUGGUUGGUUAGGACUUCGUAGCACAGGUAAGACUAGACUACCCGCUGGGCUCCUCUUCGCGUAAAGGACAAUAGUUUAGCUCAUUUUAUGGGAAUGCAGUUAAAUGAUUGAAAAGAUUAACAUUUCAAACCGGAAGACAUCGACGUUAAAUCGAAAGGAGAUGGCUCUGGUAACUUCCUACCUCCGUUUUUGAUGGCUCCUUUGAAAAGCAUCGAGUUUCCCACCUGCCGGCCAACAGUAGCUGAAGAACAACUUGCUCUGGCUCAAAAACUUCCUCGUCGAAGAUAGCAGCCAUGGAUGACCGAGUGGCCAUACUGACGGACGAUGAGGAGGACCAGAAGAGAAAGCAAGUGCUGGCCGAGCACUUUGGCUCCCUGUCCCUCAAGCUGCAGGCGGACCCCUCACCCGCCCUAUCCCCCCACCUCGACACUGGCAAUGGGGACCCAAGCCUCCCCCCGUCAGUCACCGCAGUCAGCCCCCUCCCUCCCGACGCCCCUUCCCACGCCCACGACAUCGGCUGCUGCCAACGCAUGUGCCUGCGCGUCAACCGGCGCCUGCUGGUGUCCAAAAUCUUCUACUUCUUCUUCUACGCGGCGUACGGCUCCUUGCACCCGCUCCUGCCCUUGUACUACAAGCAGCUGGGCAUGACCCCCAGCCACAGCGGGCUGCUGGUGGGCAUCCGUUACUUCAUCGAGUUCUGCAGCGCCCCCUUCUGGGGCAUGGUGGCGGACCGCUACCGCAAGGGCAAGGCGGUGCUGCUGUUCUCCGUGCUGUGCUGGCUGGUGUUCAACUGCGGCAUCAGCUUCUCGCACCCGGCGCACAUCUCCUGCUCCGGUGUGGUGGUGCCGCCCACGACGACGACCCUGCCGCCACCGCCACUGCCGACAACGUCGUCUGGGAACGGGAGCGUGUCUGGCGGCUCCCUGGAGGACUUCACAACCGUGGCCUUUGGUGGCGAGGUCACGUCGGGGAAUAUGUCGUCCGGGAAUGUCAGCAGGAGGCGACGGGAUUUGGCUUUGGCGUUGGCCAGUUUGGACACAAGGGAGAGGGAGAUGGGGUUAGGCAGCUGGCGUGCUUCGUUCCACAGCGCCCUCAAAAGCUGGCGCACUUAUUUCCAGGCCGGCUACCACCACCGUGGGAAACGGGAAGCCAACAUGACCAGUCCCAUUGAUGCCGGGACCAGCCCUGUAGACAAGGCAUCCAGCAAUGACACGUCUUCCUCUUCAUCCUCGUCUUCUACCUCCAACGGCACAGCACCAUCCCCAGCUCCUACCACCACCACCACCACCACCACAACAACUCCAACUACCACAACAACCGCAAAUACCACCACCACCACAACUCCAACCACCACAACAACCACAAAUACCACCACCAUCACCACCACCCCCACCACCACGACAGCGCCUCCCCCCAGGCCCAACAUCAUCUACGACCCCGAGGAGGUGGAGGUCAUCUUCCUGAUGAUCCUGCUGGUGGUCAUCAUCGGCGAGUUCUUCAGCGCGCCCGCCGUCACCAUCGUGGACACGGUGACGCUGCAGUACCUGGGCCGCCACCGCGACCGCUACGGCCUGCAGCGCAUGUGGGGCUCGCUGGGCUGGGGCCUGGCCAUGCUGUCCGUGGGCAUCUGGAUCGACCACACCCGCAUCAGCAUCCCCAUCGAGGGCGAGGGCUGCUCGCCGCCCGACUUCAAGAACUACACCAUCGCCUUCAUCGUCUUCGGCGUGCUGAUGGGCCUGGCGUUCAUCGUGGGCACGCAGUUCCAGUUCGACGGGAUCGAGUACCCGCAGGAAGCGGAGGUGGGCGAUAACGCACCUCCGCGUCCUGCCGAAGUCGAGUUGCCCCACGUUGCCCGCAACGUGCCCGAGCCGGGCGAAGUAGGCGGUCCCCACCAGUCACCACACGGGAGCGGUGGGGCUGGUAGCGCGACCCCCAACGCGGACGUCAACAACGGGGCCGUGUUCCACUACCGCGACCUGCUCCGCUUGCUGUGCAGCGUCCGCUACGGCACGGUGCUGUUCGUGGCCUGGUUCAUGGGCUUCGGCUACGGCUUCGUCUUCACCUUCCUCUACUGGCACCUGGAGGACCUGCAGGGCACCACCACGCUCUUCGGCGUCUGCUCCAUCCUCAGCCACAUCUCCGAGCUGGCCGCCUACUUCACCAGCCACAAGCUCAUCGAACUCAUCGGACACAUCAGGGUCCUGUAUAUCGGCCUGGCCUGCAACACGGCUCGCUACCUCUACAUCUCCUACCUGGAGAAUGCCUGGAUCGUGCUGCCCAUGGAAGUCCUGCAAGGUGUGACCCAUGCUGCGGUGUGGGCGGCGUGUAUCUCCUACCUGAGUGCUGCGGUGCCCCCGGCUCUGCGGACGUCCGCCCAGGGCAUCCUGCAGGGCCUCCACCUGGGGCUGGGACGCGGCUGCGGAGCCAUGCUAGGGGGCGUCUUUGUCAAUGAGUUUGGUGCGGCCGAGACGUUCCGUGGCGUGGGCAUGACCUCGCUGGUCAUCCUCCUCAUCUUUGCUCUCAUCCAGUUCCUCAUGGACCAGGAUAGCCGUGGUGGCAGUGCCAGCGCCGGAUCCAGCCCGGGCAAGGACCGCAUGCUGGCCGAGAACAUCCCCAUGCCCUCCAGCCCCGUGCCCAUCGCCACCAUCGACCUGGCACAGGACCGCGACCGGCCCGGAUCGGGCCUGGAGUCAGACCUGCCGCCCCGGCUGGAGCCGCGACUUCCCCCGAGGAAGACUAAGCACCAGGAGGAGCAGGAGGACGUGAACAAGCCGGCCUGGGUGGUGUCGGGCUCCCCCUGGGUCACCAUCGCCUUCGCCCUCUACCAGAUCCAGGAGAUGGUGGCCAUGGCACGCAGGAACCCCCCCACCGAGACACAGCCACUACAGGAUAUUCCUGAGGGUUCCUCUCAGGUGUCUCCGGAAGGUUCCCAGGGCUCCACAGGGGACCCCCAAGAGCAGCAGCAGCAGCAGCAGCAGCCUAAGCAGCACUCGGGGCCCGAUGGGACCCCAUCAACAACAACACCCCACCUCCCCUCCGACACCACGGGGGUCCCCCAGGAACCCCCAGCGCCCCAGCAGGACCCUGCACCAGAGCAUUCCGAGGCUGUGGAGCACCCUGCCCCCCUGCCGGGCAGCUUUGACCCCCCCUCUUCCUCCCCUAUAAUUGUCAUGCCCAGUCUACACUCCCAAUCAUGAAGGGGGACCGUGUACUGUCCCGGGGUCAAGCCCAAAGAAAUAUGCCCCUCCAGAUUGGGGACACACAUCUGGAAGCAUGGUUGGGUGUACUCUUCAUAUUUGCACUUGAACUUGAAGUAUAACCUCAGAUUGAGGAGGGUCUGUUUUCUAAGUCUUAAACCAGGAUGCACACACUGGAGAGGAUUUAUUUAAGGAUGGAUAGACAUUUCCAUGAGUGACUGGGGCAAUAGAACAUCGAGCAUGGGGUUCUAGAGUUCUUUCAUUGCUGAAGGAACAUUCUUUACUAGAACAUCCAACCCCAUCCCACUCCUUUCGCUAAUGGGCGAAUGGGAGCAAGACAGUGUGUGAGACAAAUCCACAGCCAGACAGAUGGAUAGACAAACUGAACGUAUCUCUUCUAGGCCUGCUGUGGCUGAGACUGACUAAGUCUGUCUGACGUUGGACUCCCACCUUAUUUUUAGAAGUUUUCUUUCAUUUUGUAAAUAUUUUCAUGCUGUUUGAGUGUGUAACUUAACUGUUGAAGACAUUUAAAUCAUGUGGUUCAUCGUUUUGACAUCUUGAAAGGUUUUUCAGUGGACACAACCCCCCCUCAGGCACAUUGGUUUCUGUAUAAACUGUUUUAGAGUAAUCUGGGGUUGGAUCAUUUUUACUGUUGUACUGUUACUACACGACACUGUAAAUAUUGUGCUAGAGUGUUCACCAUAUUUUUGUGAUUGAAUGAGGAAACUGACGCUCUAAAACUGAAGUCACUGGCUGAGACUGGCAAGAAGGAUCAGCUGUACAUUUGCGCUCAAGUCUCUGUGGUGCUCUUGGUCCAAGACUGCGGGAUCAAGCAUACACAAAAGCUGGGCUACGUCUAAACUGACUCUGAGCAAAUUAUCAUUUUAAUUUGGUACAUGAAUCAAACGUUUUAUUUUUAUCUAAUUGUCAUGCAACAUACACAAUGCACAAUAUGAAAGCAGAUAUUUUUUUAAUUGUCCAGUGGUGUCAAACAUCAGGCCCGGCCCCAGACUUAUAGCGAAAGAGAAAAAAACAAGAAUAUCCAAAAAGAAGUAAAUCUCGAGCCCAUUACAAAGUUGCUGCAGGUGUGUAAUGUUUCAGAUUGUCAAAUCUUGAGAACGAAUUGGCCUUUUUGCUUGCCACUUAGAGUCAGCGCUUCUGAUAUACCUGCUGUCAUCCACUUCCAGAUGACUGACUGGCAAUGUGAUUCCGAUACGAAGCAAGAACUGGCGAUAUUUCCCAAUUACGUUAGUGGUCUGGCAUACUUGUGAUAAAUUUGGCUGUAUAGUAUGUAGUAUUAAAAAACAAAAUGGACUAAUGCUGCCCAAAUGCCAACUAAGCACCGCCCCCUCUCUGGUAUGUCCUUUUCAACACCCCCUAGGGCUCCCCAACGCCCCCUCUAGAGCCCACUUUGAGAAACACUAGUUUAGACCAACACAUUUGUGUAUGCUUUUCACUCAGUGGCCAAGACCUCAACUGAUGUGAGCACCGCCGCUUACCACAAGGGGGCAGUGGUACGCUGGUCAGACGGCCUGCAUACUGUACUUAAUUUCAAUGGUAUAUUAUGACUAUAGCAGAUGAGGGAAAAAAGUGUCUCGCUUUCUAAAGAUGAAAAGAUGUAUUAAAUGUCAAACACAGGAAGGAGGAAAGUGGAGUUGAGUUGAGCAGAACAUUCUGCCCAACAACAGAUGGGCAAAAGUAGACCUCGUUUUUUUUUCUUCUUUUUUUAUUAGAGUCCAGCGUCUAGCAAGCAGAUUAAUUAUGAGACAAAUCUCGUAAAUGUUACUCUUCUCUCAAGACUGUGUGUGUGUGUGUGUGUGUGUGUGUGUGUCUGUCUGUCUGUCUGUCUGUCUGUCUGUCUGUCUGUCUGUCUGUCUGUCUGUGUGUGUGUGUGUGUGUGUGUGUGUGUGUGUGUGUGUGUGUGUGUGUGUGUGUGUGUGUGUGUGUGUGUGUGUGUGUGUGUGUGUGUGUGUGUGUGUGUGAGAGAGAGAGAGAGAGAGAGAGAGAGGGUGUGUAUGUGUGUCUGAGUUAGUGUGUGUGUGUGUGUGCGUGCGCACGCAUCACGCCCACUUCCAUGUCAGGGUCACAGGGUGAGGGUGUAGCUUGCCACCGAUUGGCUGAGUGGGAGGACAGACAGGGAGUGUUUCCGUGGAAACCAGACCAUAAUAGUGCGCCAUUUCCCUUCUGAAACACAGACUCUUGUCUGAUGGCAAUGUAAAUAACUUUAUUUCCAUCCCAACGCUGCAUCAAGGGAGGAAAUGUAUAUGUGUGUGUGUGUGUGUGAGUGUGAGUGUGUGUGUGUAUGUGUGUGUUCUUUUAGAUAGAGGAAGAGAGAGUUAAAGAGUUUCCCAAUGGGGUUUAUGUUAAACACAGAAAUCAAUGUCUUCAGCAGAUAGCUAGCUAGCUGGGGGUAUAGGAUUGCACUGUUCUACUGAUGUCAUGUUGGCUAUGUAUUUCCGCACAAACCCCCUCGUUGAUUGUUAAAUAACUUAUUUUAUGUAACAAAGGUAAACUGUAAUAAACUAAUGAAUGAAGGAUAUAAUGUUUUGUGUGUAUGGAAGUCAGAUCUGUUCAUGUGUGGUACUGAAUUACACAUAGGCCUACUGUAAGUUAGUCUAGCCAAACUGCCUAUUCUUUCUUCCUCCUUGUCUGGAAAAAUCACAAUCUAA